AUGUCGGCAAAUCCAGAGGAGAAGUAUGAGGGUGACUCACCCUCAUGCCGUCCCUCCUCGGAGGAGGAGGAAGGGAUUAUUGGAGGAGGCGUGUGGGGGGUGGAUCUGGGUGUCGACGUGGAGGAGGCGCAUCGCGCGGCGUGCGCGGCGGGGAAUUCGACUUACAUCGACCCUGAAACAGGCUAUUCAGUCUUCACGGCGCCGGCUCUCCUGAAGCCCGGCCGCUGCUGCGGCAAUAAGUGCAGGCACUGCCCCUUUGGUCACUACGCUGUGAGGACCAAUGCCUUCAUGUCACGAACCAACUCCCUAGCUGAGCCCAUGCUGCUCGCUCCCACCAAGGGCCCUGCUCCCUCCUCGCCUGCACUCGCCCUGCUCUGGGACGGCAGCCUGCCCGCUCUCCUCGCUCUGCAGGCACUCACGGACCAAUCAAAAUCUGCCACGUCAGUCGGCUCGUCAACACAGAAUGUCGUGCUGACUACCCUCUUUGACCCGCACUCAGGGCAAAUCCUGUCCCCCACCAGCGUUCCUGACGUAGCUGCUGCAACCGGUGUAGCCACCACAACUGCUGUAGCCACUACAACUGAUGUAGCUGCUAAAGCCGAUGUACUGCCAGCAACCGCUUCUCGGGCAGCUGAGAAUCUUUGCUGCCUGCCCGUCUCGAUCCGGGCAGUGAUGGACCAAUCGCUGGCGCUGAAACGACCACUGCUCGCAGUCCCUGUAGAGGGAUGCGAGGCUCUCUGUAACGGGGAUAGGAUUGAGGUGAGGGGAGGCGAGGGGCAGGAGAAGGGGCAGGGAAAAGGGCAGGAGGAAGGGCGGGAGAAGGGGCAGGAGGAGGGGGAGGAGAAACCACAAGGGGUGCAUGAUAGUGGGGGUGGAAAUGCAAAGAGGUCAGGAUGUGGGUGUCAGGUAGGAGCAGGAGCAGAAGUGGGAGCAGGAAGAGGAGAAGGAGGAGCAGCAGCAGCAGCACGAGUAGAGUUUGAGGAGAUGAGUGCAGGAACAAUCAGUGUGGAUGGAUUCACGCCCAGCUGGGCGUCUGUGCUUCAGUCUGCUCUUCACUCCUCGCUCAAGUCCCAGGUGCAUUCGGUCGUGUCUCCCCUCCCUCUCCCUCUCUCAACCGCUGCUUCACCCAGUGCUGCUGCCACUGCCACUGCUGCUGCUGCUACUCCUGCCACUCCUGCUGCUGCCACUUCUGCUGCUGCUAUGCCUCCUGUCGCUGCCACUGGGUCAGAGAGUGCAGCAGCAGCAGCAGCAGCAGCAGCAGCAUUCCCAGUGAAGCCAGUGUUCGAGCACCAGUCACUCAUCAGAACGGCACCACUCGCACGAGGCUCCACUCUCCUGCAACCAUCCCAGUUCCGAGUUCUCAUGCACGAAGCAGGCACAUGGCAGCAUGUUAGCACAGAGGAGGCAGUUUCCCGGCUUUCUUCCUCUUCCUCUCCUCCAUUAUCUCGCCCGUCAUUGGCUGGAGCUGCUCCUACUGCUCGCCUGCCAUUCGUUCCCACGUUUGUGGAGAUCCAAGCGCCUGCGCCUGCCAGCCGGUUCAGCAGGUGGAUUGCAGCGAUUCGAUAUGUGAUGCAUGCGGUGUAUGUUACUGCAUUGUCGUUACACCGUGCUGUUAUCUUGUCCACUGUUGAGGAGGACGCAUCCGUUUGCAAAUGA